AUGAUUUGGUGUGGCUGUCCUCAUAAAGUAAAAAACAUGUCCAUCCGAGGCCUGAAGAAGAAACAGCCAAAGACUUUUAAAGUCAAAGUUAUAACAGUGGAUGCUGAACUGGAGUUCAGCUGUGAGAUGAAGUGGAAGGGGAAGGACUUGUUUGACCUCGUGUGCCGAGCCCUUGGUUUAAGGGAGACUUGGUUCUUUGGCUUGCAGUACACAAUAAAAGGAAUGUGCACCUGGUUAAAGAUGGACAAAAAGGUUUUAGAUCAAGAAAUCCCCAAAGAAGAUCCCAUUAGCUUUCAUUUUCUGGCUAAGUUCUACCCAGAGAAGGUAGAAGAGGAACUAUUACAGGAAAUUACCCAGCAUUUAUUCUUCCUUCAGGUUAAGAAACAAAUACUGGAUGAGGAAAUCUAUUGUUCUCCAGAAGCAACAGUUUUACUGGCUUCUUAUGCUGUUCAGGCCAAGUAUGGAGACUAUGACCCAAAUUUUCACGAGCCAGGCUUUCUAGCACAUGAUGAACUUUUACCCAAAAGGGUCCUCAGGCAGUAUCAGCUGACAGCAGAGAUGUGGGAAGAAAAGAUUACUGCUUGGUAUGCUGAGCACAGGGGUAUUGCCAGGGAUGAAGCUGAGAUGAACUACCUGAAAAUUGCCCAAGACCUGGAAAUGUAUGGUGUCAAUUAUUUCCCCAUAGCUCAAAAUAAAAACCAUACAGAUCUCUUACUUGGAGUUGAUGCCAAAGGUAUUCAUAUCUACAGCAUUAAUAACAGGUUCUCUCCAAAUAAGUCAUUUGAGUGGAGUGCUAUCAGAAACAUCUCCUAUAGUGAGAAAGAGUUAACUAUUAAACCUCUAGAUAAAAAAGCAGAAGUCUUCAAGUUCUUCUCCUCUCAACUCAAAGUGAACAAAUUGAUUUUGCAGUUGUGCAUUGGAAACCACGACCUAUUUAUGAGGAGGAGAAAAGUGGACUCAAUAGAGAUCCAGCAAAUGAAAGCACAAGCCAGAGAAGAAAAAGCUAGAAAAAAGAUGGAGAAUCAAAGGCUGGCCAGGGAGAAGCAGCUCCGAGAAGAAGCGGAGCGAGCCAAAGAAGAGCUGGAAAGGCGUCUCUUCCAGCUGGAGGAUGAAGCCAGGCAGGCCAAUGAGGCCCUGCUCCGAUCCCAGGAAGCAGCAGAGUUGCUGGCUGAGAAAGCUCAGAUUGCAGAAGAAGAGGCAAAGCUGCUGGCCCAGAAUGCUGCAGAAGCUGAGCAAGAGCGACAGAGGCUGGAGAUCACAGCUCUGAAAACCAAGGAGGAGAAGCGCCUGAUGGAGCAGAAGAUGCGGGAGGCGGAGCUGAUCGCCGUGAAGCUGGUGAAGGAGUCUGACCGCAGAGCCAAGGAAGCAGAGCAUCUGAAACAAGAUCUGCACGAAGCCAGGGAGGCUGAGCGGAAAGCAAAGCAGAAGCUCCUAGACUUAACCAGGCUUAAUUACCCUCACAUGGCCAAGUACCCACAGUACUCCCCACCUGACACCAGAGAUGCCAACUUUGACAAAGGAUCCAUAAAGCUGGAUUUGAAGGACAUUGACCUCAAGAGACUAUCCUUUGAGAUAGAGAGAGAGAGGCUAGACUACUUAGAAAAGAGCAGAAAAUUUGAAGAUCGACUGAAGGAACUGAAGUCUGAAAUUCAUGCUUUGAAACUAGAAGAAAAGCAGGCUGGGCUUUACUCUCAUUGGAAUGAAGUACUGGGAACCUUGGACCACUCCUUAGGAAGUAGCCCAUCAUGGAUGAAAACCUUUGAAACUGGGGAUUCACUGGAUAUAAAUCUUCAAAGACCUUUCCCUGCUUACUCUUUAAAUACUCCAAGCAGCUGGCCUUGUACUGACAAAAUUCAACACACGGUUCCAAUGGAAAAGUCAUCUUUCCAAGCAAAUUCCUUGGUUGCCAACAAUGUGGGCAUGGGAACCAGAAAACAGAUUGUAAAGGUUCAACAGCACGACUCAGAUGUGAUCUACAUUUGAAGCCUCUUGUUCCCUUACCAGAGUGGUAGAACCUGGUGGCCACCUUUUUGGCUGCUGCAAAACACACCUAUAGGAGGAGGACGCUUGCACAGCUCUGUCUGCUGAUGGGCAUCAGUGUAAGAGACGUGGU